GCUAGUCCUAGACGACGGAUAAGCCUGCUAUGGUCUGCUCUUCUUGCAUCCUCAACAAUCUUUAGCUCCACCUAGGAUUUCUCCUCAAGUCCUGUCUGAGAGCUAAAAGAAUUAUGAUUUCAUUCAAAUUUUACAAUACCCACCAUUCGCCAUCUCUCCUCAACUCCUCCAAGCUCCACAAAGAGAGAACAAAACAACCCAUUUUUCAUCCUAACAUGGGAAUCCAUAGAAGAAAACUCACAGUGAGAAGAUGCAGUGGACAAGAGCCAGAGAAAAAGAAGACGGAGAGGCGAAGUUUCUUGAGUCUUGAAGAAGCUGGUCUUGUUGAACUUUCUGGGUUAAGCACUCAUGAGCGAUUUCUGUGCCGUUUAACGAUAUCAUCAUUGAACCUUCUGAGAGUUAUCUCAGAGGAAGAAGGGUAUGCAAUUGAGGAGCUCAAUGCUGGGAAGGUAUGUGAUUGGUUUGUGAAGGAUAAGGUGAAAAGAGAGCAGAAUAUGGAAUCUGCUGUCCUUCAGUGGGAUGAUUCUGAGUUCAAAUUUUGAGCUUCUGUGAUUCUCUUUAUUGUUAAUCAACAAAGAAGGCA